GACACCAGAAUGGAGGAGAACCAGAACCUGGACCAGAACACUAACAACCUCGUUAUUAAAAUAGAAGAACUACACUCAACUGGGAUCACCACCUAUCUACAGGGGAUAGAUAACUCAAACAACACAGUAGAUGACAGUAAUGCACCUCAUCACUGGCUGACAAUUGACAUAAAACAUGAAAAAGAAGAAGAAGAAGAACAGUCCAUCAGUCAAAGAGAAGACCUGCUGGACUUCACAGACCAGAACCAAUACAAGAUCAAAAUGGAGGAGAACGAGAACCAGGGCCAGGAGCACCACACUGACCACCUCGUUAUUAAAAGAGAAGAAUCAGACUCACCCUCUGCUACCACCGAUAUACAGGGGAUAGAUAACUCCGACAUAAAACAGGAAAAAGAGGAAGAAGAAGAACAGUCCAUCAGUCAGAGAGGAGACCUGUUGGAUUUCAGCCAGGACCCAGAGCACCACACCAACCACCCUGUUAUUAAAAGAGAAGAAUCAGACUCAUCGUCUUCUACCACUGAUACACAGGGGAUAGAUAACUCCGACAUAAAACAGGAAAAAGAGGAAGAACAGUCCAUCAGUCAGAGAGGAGACCAGCUGGAUUUCACAGACCAGGACCAGGAGCAGGACCAGAACCAGAACCAGAACCCAGAGCACCACACCAACAACCCCAUUAUUGAAAGAGGAGAAUCAGACUCACCCUCUGCCACCACCGAUACACAGGUCAGUGUCAGAGUUUGCGCUAUACUUUUUUUUGCCGGUAAUAUUCUGGCCGUACAGAACAACUACCGGACAUAUACAUAUCGUCGCUAUCAGGCGCAAACCUCCUAUGUCCAAAAAUCAUGA